AUGGAAGACUCCAGUGAACUCCCAUCAAAACCACCAUCCAUACCAGAGGAGCUAUGCAGGAAUGAAGAGCUUCAACAUGCCACCCUCAACGUCCGCCGCUCAAAUUCCACGUCUUCUAGCAUCCGGAGUCGUCGAAUUUCAUCGGCCAUCGUUAGCAGAGAAAUGAUUGUGGGUCCAGCGGCGAUGCCGCCGAAACCGCCACAAGAACAGCUGGAUAAGAUGUUCGAUGAUGUUCUGAAACACAUGGAUCUACCCGUUGAUAAGCUCCGAAUACUCCGUGGCUAUGAUAAUGAUAAGAAAUGGAAGCUAAUCGUCGACCAGCAAGUGGCAAAGCAGGUCACACCACCAGCCAAGUAUCUCGAGAAGCUCUCCUACUUUUUGGACAAGAAAAUGCUCAAAAAAGCGCUGAAAAACAAGGAAAUCCAGACGGAUGAGACGUCGACGAGUGUUUUGAGACAUAUUGAGAUCAGUUUGAGGACCAACAGUGUGGACUGGGUCUUCGAAUUCCUGAACACCUCAAAUUUGGGACUUCGAAAGCUGGUGGACUACAUGAGAACCCUCCUAGCCGAUUGUGCUCCAUCGGUCCCAUCCACGUCAUCUGGAUUCCCAAUUCUUCAUAAUCACAGCAUGAAUAAUACAUCAGUGUCUUCUGGUGGACCCAACAAUAACUCUCUUCAAGAAUCCUCACCAUCCCAUAAUUCGUCUUCUGACGUUAAUAAUUCUUCGCUAGCGAAUAGCUCGAAUUUCAGCAACAGUUUCGACUCGUCAGCAGCCAAUUUGUUGAAAAAAGGACCACUAACGAUUUCGAAGGGAAAAGUUGGCAAAAGCAUGGGCGAAGCGGAAGACGACAUCCAUAUUUGUAUGAUGUGUCUCAGGGCGAUAAUGAAUAAUAAGCAGGGAUUUCAACAAGUUUUCGCCGACACCGAAGCGAUUUAUUGUAUCGUACGCAGUAUAUUGCAUCAGAAUUUGAGAACCAAAACCCUCGUAAUCCAAAUGCUCUCCUCAAUUUGUAUGGUCCAGGGUGGCCAGGAGAUCGUCUCCGACGGCUUCGAUCGUUUUGAAAAAGACUUCCGGGAACCCCGACGCUUCUGGACCCUGAUUCAAUUCGUUCGGAAUCCUCCAGAAUUCCACGUGGAAUUCCUCUCUUCAGCUGUCCAAUUCUUCGACUACUUCGUGAAUAAUGUGGAUGAUUUGAACUUCCGAGUCCAUCUACAGUAUGAAAUGACACUACUCGGCCUGGAUAAGUACAUAGAGCUGAUGGCUGACUGUGAAUCCGAUGAGCUACAGGAACGGAUGAUAUCGUAUCAGAACUCGGCGAUGGACGUCGCACAGCUUCUAGAAGAUUCCAAUCAGAAGACAGAGUUGAUUGAGGAGAAGGAGCAGUUGAAGCAGAGGCUGUCGCAGGCCAACGAACGUGUGCAAGAAGUGGAAGCGAAGUGGAUAACAGACAAAGCGGCACUGGAUCGACGUCUUCUGGAUCUGGUGAUGGAGCGAGAUCGAAUGGAGAAGGAGCACGUCGAACAGAAGGGAACAUGGACGAAAACGAUGAAUGAGAAGGAUCGACAGGCGAGAGAGGAGAGGAAGAGGUUGGAACAGAAGAUAGGGGAGUUGGAAGCGAUUCAGAAGCAAAUGCAAGCCGGUCUCCAAGUCCAACAGGCCGCCGCAGCAGCAGCCGCCCAGAAAUCUCCUCCGACGCCUCCUCCACCAGCUCCAGGACCCCAUAAAGAGCAACGGAGAUCCACUUCAAAGGAUCCGCGACCAGCACCACCACCAGUGUCUUCUAUCCCACCACCACCUCCAAUAGCCGGCUUGAUAUCAUCAAACGGCUCAAAUGUCCCAAUUCCACCACCUCCACCUCCUCCGAUGAUGAUGAUGGGUGGAGGAGGACCUCCCCCACCUCCACCACCACCUCCGGGCCUCGGAAUGGGACCACCACCACCUCCACCGCCCCCUGGAAUGAUGGGAAUGAUGGGACCCGCAUCCAACGACGUGAAGACUAUCAAAAAGAUCUAUCAGACCAAGAACAAGCUUCCCCAGUUGAAUUGGGCCGCAAUGAAGCCAAUGCAAGCCAAGAAUACUGUAUUUGAGAAGCUCAACGAUGAGUUGAUCAUUGAGAAAAUUGAUUUUUCAAAGCUAGAAGAGAUGUUCAAGAUGACAACAACAACUACCAACACUCUUGGAGAGCCAAAAGAGCAGGCCAUCGGACAAGUGAGCCCGGGAAGUGUCACGUCGGGAGGAGGGGGCGUGGCUUCGGCGAGGAAGAAUACGCUGUUGGAUGCGAAGAGGUUUCAGAAUGUUGCGAUCACCCGUCGAAAAGUGGCGAUGGAUGCGAAGACGAUAAUGGCAGCCGUCCAUCAGCUGGACCUGCAGUCACUGCCAGCCGAAAAAGUGGACAUUCUGUCUAGAAUCCUUCCGACAGACGAUGAGAGGAAGCUCUACAGAGAAAAGAAGGAGAAUAGCAAGGAAAACGAGACGAAUCCAAUGGAUUUGCUCUCAGAAGAGGAUAAUUUCGUGGCGGCUCUAUGUGAAAUCGAACGGCUGGAGCAUAAGCUAUCAGUGAUGAGAAUAAUGUCGGAAUUCGAUGAAUCCGCGGCUCUCCUGGAACCCCAAUUGACACAUGUAACAGCUGCAUCGAAGUGUGCACGAGAAGCGGAGACGUUCCACGGUGUUCUAGAAGUAAUCCUGGCUUUCGGAAACUAUAUGAAUAGUGGAAAAAGGGGCGGAGCCUAUGGAUUCAAGCUAUCGUCGCUGGAUUCGCUAGCGAUUCUCAAGUCGCAAACUGAUAAGAGUUUGACACUGUUGCAUAUGAUUGUGGCGGAGAUUGAGACACAUUUGUCGCAUUUGAAGACAUUUGCUGAUCAACUGAAAUUCGUUGAGAAAGCCACCCAUGUCCAAUGGGACUCCAUCUCCUCGGACAUGAAAGAUUUGGAACAAGGAUUCAAAAUGGCUGAAAAAGAGCAAUCGCUGAAAGGAGCCGACUGCCCUGAAACCCUCCAAGAAUUCCUAGAAACUCGGAAACAAAAAAUGACGGAUCUUGAGCAAUCCUUCCAAUUGGCCAAAUCAUCGUUCAAGGAUUGCUGCGAAUUCUACGGGGAGAACGAAAAAACCACUCCUCCCAACAUCUUCUUCCAGAAGUUGGCUCACUUCGUCGCCAAUUAUAAUAAGUGUCGACAGGAGAAUGAGGCGAAGGCCGCUGCUGAGAAGCGCCAAAAAGAGGAACAAGAACGUCGUGCUCGUGUGGCUAGCUCCAAAUCGUCAGUCUCAUCGGAACAAGAUCAGCUAAUGAUGGAAUUGGCUGAAAAAGUGGGAGGUCUUGGUGCCGGAAGACGACAACGCGCGAAAAUCGAUAGUACGCGGAUGGAUCAUGGAGAUUUUGAGAAAUUGAUGAAUGGACUAAAACACACUGGUGGCACGACUCCGAACCGCCGAAAAAUGUCAAAAUCACCGUCGCCGGCGCCACGAAGCUCCGCCCCUCCACCAGUAGCACCUAAGACCCGAGUGGUCUCUGUGGAAAGGGAUCGACAAUAA